AUAUGGCAUGUUACAUUUCCAUGAAGUAAGACAGUGUAGAGAAUUAAUUCAGGUCACACAUUGUCACCAGCUAGUUAACAUUAACCCAGAAAUAAUCAUUCUUAGUGUUUAUUUCACUCCAGUAGUUGGCUCACAUCUCAGCUGUGUCAUUAUGGUCACGUGGUCAUCUCUGGCGAUCAUCAUUGACAUGAUACAAGGGUAGUGUAUAUGUAUACGUUUUAUUCCAAAGAUGAAUGUGUCCACCCUGAAGUGGGAGUUUCGAGACAACUGGGAAUAAGGUCAAAUCAUGACGACGGUGAUCUUCAGGUUGGAGAUCUAGAAAGAUGCCAGAGUUUCCGAUUUGGAAUUCCGAUUGUUCCCAGUGUGGAGCUCGUUAUGUUAAAGUUCCCAUUGGUCUUGAACGGGCUGAAGUCUGAGAUUUUCGCGUUCAGAGUUGUUUUGAACGCGGCAUAUGUCCGAAGACACAAGGCAAGAUGGUAUACUAUAUAAUAAGUGUAGCCUAUUGUCGGGUGUUUUGUUUUCUUCUUUCGCCUAUGACGUAAUCUGGUCUAGAAAUACGUCACUUGCAUUUGAGCGUGACAGGACUUCUUGGGUCAGUUCUUCAUCAAGGAGUCAGUCAGUUUCAGGCCUAACUACCAUCAGCUAGGAAAGGACACCCGCUCAGACUUCGUGAGGUCAAGUCUGUCACAGAUGCUAAUGUAGACUAAUCCACGAGGUACAUGUAUGUUGAUUGUAGACCACUGCGACUUGUCUAGCAGAUGACCCGUCAAUGCGUUGCCAGCCUCGGCUCCAGGCUUCACUCAGGAGAGGGAAGCCUGUGGCUGAGGCUAGGAAAAGGAAAUGCUGCCGUAGGUUUCUAUGUAAUGUUAAACGGACACGAGUCACACGCAGGGAAAUGUUUCUCUGCCCCUUCAGUAAGGAAUUUUAACCUUGUUUACGCCUGAGUUUUCUAGAUGUUUGAUAAACGUGUUGCUAACAGGGCACUGAGGAUUAACACCCAUAAGGAUGUCAAAGAAAAAUAAUGCUUAUUAGUUUACGUGGUGGUGGGACUAGGCUGCAGGGUGGUUUGGGGUUAAACGCCCCCUCCUGUAAUUCUCUCAUAAACCACUAUAUGUCACCAACAUGUAUUUCAUCACUUUCACUGGAUGCCAUAGUCUUGUUCAACUAAAAUUGUCAUCUGUCUCAUCUCAACUUUGUAAGUCACACCGACAUAACGGUUUUGAGGUACAUAGAUUUUUUAUUUUGUUAUUUACAAGUUAUAUAGCUAAACGAAUGAACAAAGUUAGAGCAGUUGCUAGGCCCUACAUCCAUUUCCGGACUUAUUAAUAUGUACCCAUUUGAUUCUUGAAAAAAAAACGUUUAAAUGCCUCAUGAGCUUAGUUCAAUUGUCAUAUCCCAUUAGACUCCAAAAUAUAAGCUUGUUUAACUCCAAUGUGUGUAAACAAAGUAAAUGUAAACAAACACUAUAUACCCUCAAAACAUGGUUCCAACUAUAAUUGUGAUAUAAUGGAUGGUCAGUCCUUGCAUCCAUAUCUCUGUCUAUGAAUUUGAGAGUGGUUCCAUGUCUCCAGCCCCAUCCCUCAGCUUUUUUUGCGAAAACAACUGCUGAUUUCCCCUUUAAAACCUAAAAACACAUUCAUUUAAUUGAGUUGUGGGAAUAAGAUAUAUGUUUAUCUUCAGACAACUUCAUCCUAAAAAUGUCUGACUACAUUGUGAAGAUCGGGGGAACUGGUCCCGAGGAGUCCGAGGCAUCCCCUGAGGAGUCCAGGGACCCGUCACCUGAGCCUGCUGUCCUGCCCAUGACAGAUGUGUCCUUCUCUGGAGCAAUGGAACACAUGAAUGAGAUGCUUAGCUCCUUGGAUCAAGUGAUGGACAGUCAAACACAAGAAAAUGGUGAACAAGUGGAAGCAACUGAAAGUCAGAGAAAGAGACUAAAGGGAAACCUAGGUUCGUCCUCUGUUGGGUGUUCACUUGGAUGUAUUCCAAGCUUUGACUCAGUGUCCCUUACAUCUACAGUCAACACGGAUAACAACUCAGGGGAGAGCCUAGAGCAGCUGCAGUACCAAGGGGCCCUGAGGGUGGAUACAUGUGAUGAGGUGGAGGUCAAGGUGCCAGAUAUCGACUUAUCUUCAUUCACCCUGAACCGGAUGUCCUUCUCCAGUAUUCUUCAGGAGGAGAACGACAGAGUGCUGGACAAGGACACUAUGGAUUGUCGCUCUCUGUCGAGAACAGUUCCCUUCGAAAGCAGCCCAAUUCCGGAGAGGAGUGGAAGCUUGAAGACGUAUUGCAGUAGUGUACGGUCGCCCACCCCGUACCAGUCAAGAUUAUCCCUUACCUCCACUGAGGCACAUGAUCAGGUUGCACACAGCUCAGGCACACAAGUGAGCCUCCAAAUCCCGAUGGACCCUCUGGAGGAGCUUUUUGGUAUCACUCAGGAUAUGAUAUACACAGACGUCCAUGAUAGAGUGAUUGAAGUGCUGCAGGACAUCUACUUGGCGGCUAACCAGCUAGAGCAACAGCUAUUCCAGAGUGUCUCUGACAGGCAAGCUAGAGCCAUUGUAGAGGCGGUAGUGCAGCAGAUCAAUGCCGCCCUGUCCAGGGCUCUCCAACAAACCUACUCGGGAUCACAAUUACUUACUAUAGUGGGAUCUGCCAAGCUCUAUAGCAAAGAUGGGUUGGCAGCGGUGGAGGGCCAAGGAGUUCCUUUGAUCACCUCGUCAGCAGAGGGAGACAGGGAUGGCAACAAGGAAGGAAGUAGACCGUUGAAACGUUGUUUUAACAGCUUUGUUCGUGUUUUGUCAGCAAAAAUGAGGAGUAUCUCCAAGGGGAUCAAACAGAGCAGCGAGAGUGCACAACAAGAGCACAGGCUAGUUGUUGAGCUGCCAGCAUCAUCUGACGAGGGUACAGAGCAAGAGGCAGCAGAGAAAGCUGGAUCUAGUACAGUUUCUGAACCCGCUAGGGAGGAGAUCACAGAGGUCAGUGAAGUUCUUCAGUCGGAAUCUGAUGAUUCUCUACUUCCCUCCAUCGGGGGAAUGCUCUUCCACAUUGGAUCCAUGCCUCAUACAGAGGAUUCAGUGGAACUAUACGGCAAGGUCCCAUCAAAGUUAACACCAGAAAGUAUGGUGCAGGAAGAACGUGUUGAUGAAGGCUUGUCUAAGGCUUGUUCCAGGACAACUUCUUCAACCAGCACCACUUUCAGCAUGGACGAUGUCCAGAAGACUGUUGCUACUUUGACCACUUCUGGAAGUGACAGGGGUAGAAGCAUUAUCACUACCCCAGAAACGCCAGAGCAGAGUCUGCACCACCAGGGAGGUGGACUGGACACCCCUGUCUCCUCAGAGAGAAGAGUGGCUGAAAGUGGCAGAAAGAGCCCUGCAACUUGGUCAGACGCAGAGGGAUUAAGUUAUGCAAAAAAGGCUGUGUCGGAGUUAAUGGAGAGGAUGGUGCUCAGCCGUGAGGAUGCAGCGUCAGCAGAGAAGAGCCUGGACAUCCUCCUCUCCUCUGGUAUUCUUCGUCCUCACACUGACAAGUUAGUCGACCAGCUGCGAAAACUUUUGAUGGUGAACAGCACACUUACAGCACAAUCUGUGUCUGGCAGGUCAAAAUCAGAAUCUGCUCUGCCGAAGUCCAGCAUGACAGGGGAACUCCAAAGGGAGAUCUCAAGGAACGGUUUGCUGGAGAUAGCAUAUACUAUCACCGAGAGAUCUAUAAAGACCCUUUUGGAGCAGCUGCUCACUGCCCUCCUCCCUCCAUCUGUAGUGGUUGAGGUUGCCAGGUCAUGUCAGAACAUCCGACCAGCCACUCCCUCUCAGGUGAUGAGUUCUGAAGUUAGCCCAGGGUGCUGCAACCCUCUGUCAAUGAUUUGCCGUGUGAUCAUAGAUGUCUUUACGAUCACAAGACAGGUGGUUGAGACAGCCAGUGAAAUGGAUAUGUCUCCCCCCGGAGAGAACAUUGAUGGAAGGCUUUGUAGCAACACAGCACCACUGCCCACUGAUUCAACCCCAUCUGUCCACCCGAUCAACCGUGAGUGCAACAGAUCUUUGGUGACCAAACCAACAAACAAAAUCAAGAGCUUGACAUUCUCAUUUCCUAAGCUCCCAAAGAUCAGUCUCAUAAAGAGCAAGAAAGUCAACCAAGGGGAUAUCGCUCCCCUUGAGACCACCAAGGAUCCUGCUGAUGUCGACUAUAGUAUAUUCUGCACUACUCCAACACCAGAGAAUGCACAACGACAAGAGGAAGAUCUGGCCUCCUGCUCCUCACAGAGGAAGGAAAGGCCAAAUAACCCAUUCUUUUUAAUCCGGGUAUACUCUGCCAAGUCUAGGCUUGAAAACAGCUAGCGUCAGUAGAAAUGUCCUUUUGGUUAUUUGGCAACACAACCAGAGGACCAUCUCGCCACCUACUCCACAACGAGGAAGGAGAGGCUCUAGAAGUGUUCAUUUUCACUGCCAUAGCCAAUCAUUUCAACUCAGUCCUACUGACAUCCCACUGCGCAAAAAAAUGGUUUAAUCAACAUCGCUUCCACAUCAUCUCAACACCCUAAAAAAUCUACACGAUGAACUGACAGGAUUUACAACAAGUCAUGAACCAGGGCAUUUCGUCUUUUUUUCACCCAACUUUUAAUCUGAAUCCAAUGACAUGGUGAUUUUUUUUUUUUACGUUGAAGUGACGUUAGUUGACAACUCAACCAAAUGUAAAUCAAAACUAGAUGUUGAACUGACAUCUGUGCCCAGUGGGAUUUGCUGUUGUCAGUCUUCUACACGGGUUUUGCAACUACAUCAGAGGACCAUCUUGCCUCCUACUCCCCAACAAGGAAGAAGAGGCCCAAUAAUUGUUACUUUUUUGUCAACCAGUCCUUUCAACUCUUUCAAAACUCAUUUCAAAACUCUCCUUUCACCUAUUAAUCUCAUUCACGAAGCUUCCAAAGAAAUAUCUCAACAAAAAUUGUCUACACCACCACCAGAGGAGGAACUUGCCUCCUGCUCGCCAAUGAGGAAGGAGAUGCCCAUGAAGCGUAUAUUCACUUCCUUCAAUAAUAAACUGCCACUUCAUGCAUUCACGAGUCCUUUAGUGAAAUGUAUAUAUUUUUAAAGUAAAGUAGAGUAGAGAGAUCGACAAAGAAGAGAAUGAAUGGGUAUUCAAAGCUCAAAGAAAACCUUCAUGACAUUCUAUGAGUCUUAAUCCAGCGGUCGAGUUCAAAACAGACUGUAUAGGUCUGGCUGCCAAGUCUGUAAAUCCUGUUCUAAUCUAUUCUCCCCUUCGGACUCAAAUAUUGAUAAAGUCCCUGGCAGUCAGGUUCAUGUUUGACACGAAUGGUCUGACAAUCAUUUUUGCUUUGAGUAAUACACCAUUGCAAACCAUGAGGCAAUCUGACCAUAAAUAAAUAGGCUUUCCAUUAUAUACUGUGAUCCUGGCUUUAAUCACACAUUCAUUAAGUUGGUUGUAACAGAUGAUAAAACAGUAUUGAUUACUCAAAUGUUGCACAGACGCCCAAAGGUCACUAUUACUGAUGGUGCAGUCUUCUAUCCACCCAUUGGCUAAUAUACAGUAGCUACAUCUAUCAUAUAAACACACUCUAAAGCCUGCUUCCCAUCAGAAUGUGCCUUGUUGAUCAGAGUCCAGUGGGAGUCAUGAGGCUGGAGCACGAAGUCUCAAUGGGUGAUAAGGUAAAUCAGGAGAUGUGUGUUAGCUCUUAGCAGAGUGUAACACGCCUAUCUAUCAUGUUUAAUGCACUUGAUCCAUAUUCAAGAGUUGAUCGAAUAGUCCAAGUAGUCGGUUCCACGGAAUCUGUAUAUUAAAUGUCUAACAGAUGAAGACACUUGUGAUGGUGGCAUGUUGGGACACAAUUGAAUGUGUCACCUGUAGAUACUAUCCCCUUCUGGCGUUUCUUCUCUCUUAAAUGACCUUCAAAGUAAUUCUAUUUCUUUAUGAAAACGCUGCUGUAAGAAGUUUGUUCUCUCAUCAAAUGUCUGAGAUCAAUCUCAUUUUGAAGGGGAUUUAUUUGGCUGUAUGACUCAUGAUAUGUUGUCAACUACAUGAAUCAAAAGGUAUGACCCAGUGACUUCAUCUCCAUGCAUUAUGUUAUUUGGUCCUUCUGCAUAUUUAAGAACAAGUGAUACAUUAGAAAUCUCUGGCAAUGUUUUCAAUUGGGAGGUCUAAUCGUGACACCAUUCGUGGCAUUUGCAGUUCACGAGCUCUUUGUACAACCAAUCACUUUUUAGACAGUUCCCUCUCGUCCAAUCGGAUGAGGUGAUGUUGGAGCGUGUAGUUGUGUUGUUUUUAAUUUGGAAGUGAGCGAAUCAGGGAACUGUCAAGCCGUAAAAAAGAGCACCACAUAUUUUCCAGAGUAUCACAGUUGCUAUAGCUUCAGUUAGCUAACUAACAUAAACCCUAGCAACCUGUUGAUUGAUGUAAGCAGGGUAACGUUAGCUAGCUAGCUAGCGUGUGUAAAAUAACAGCCACCAAUGUUUAACAACGAUGAGGAUCUUUAAGGAACUUUAAGGAAUCAAUUGUGAUUGACGGAGAUAAGUUUGAAAAGUUUGGGAGAACAAUUAUGGGCUGUGGAGAUGGAGGUUGCCCCCUCCUCAGGGAGAAGCUGGGUUGCCUGCGUCAAGAGAACGACUCCCUGGAGAACAGACAGCUCAUUAGGGACCUGGAGGUGGCCCAGAUUGAACUGGGCAGCUCCAAGACCAAGUGAGGCAGCUGGAGAUAGCGCUGGCCUGUAGAGAUGGAGGCCAAGGAUCGGUACCAGAGACAGCGCUGGCCUGUAGAGAUGGAGGCCAAGGAUCGGUACCAGAGACAGCUGGACAUCAAGAGCCACGAGGUGUGUGUGUUUUGCAGUGCUACAUGUGUCUGCGUUGGAGCUGGAGUGGGCGCGCUUGUCUAUAGAUGAGGAGCUGACAAGGAGAUGCAGGAGAAGAGAACACCCGGCUGCACAGCUCCCCCGGCAGCACAGCUCCCCCGGCAGCACAGCUCCCCCGGCAGCACAGCUCCCCCGGCUGCACAGCUCCCCCGGCAGCACGGCGCCCCCGGCAGCACGGCGCCCCCGGCAGCACAGCUCCCCCGGCUGCACAGCUCCCCCGGCUGCACAGCUCCCCCGGCUGCACAGCUCCCCCGGCUGCACAGCUGCACAGCUCCCCCGGGUGCACAGCUCCACAGCUCCCCCGGCUCCACAGCUCCCCCGGCUCCACAGCUCCCCCGGCUCCACAGCUCCCCCGGCUGCACAGCUCCCCCGGCUCCACAGCUCCCCCGGCUCCACAGCUCCCCCGGCUCCACAGCUCCCCCGGGUGCACAGCUGCACAGCUCCCCCGGCUGCACAGCUCCCCCGGCUGCACAGCUCCCCCGGCUCCGCAGCUCCCCCGGCUCCACAGAUUUUUAUUAAUUCACAUUUGAUGUGUAGUUUUCUAUAGAACGCUUCAGUCACACAAUUCACUCUAUUUAAUUUAAUUAAGUCAUUGCAUUAAUGGCUGAUUCGUUAAUCAAGCCAGUCAAAUGUGUUUCUUUGUUUAUGCACAAAACAAAACAGAUAUUAUGAUAUCUAAUCUAUGAAAAGUUUAAUUUACAAUAACCCUCUAUAGUUGUAGUUGGUGCCACACGGAAACAUACCACACUGCCUUUACAGAGCCUUCACAAAGUAUUCACACCCCUUGACUUAUUCCAGAUUUAGUUGUUACAGCCUGAAUUCAUCGAUUCCCCCCCACACCCAUCUACACACAGUACCCCAUAAUAACAAAGUGAAAACAAUUUUUUUUUGAAUUUGUUGCAGAUUUAUUGAGAAUUAAAUACAGAAAUAUCUCAUUUAAAUAAAUUAGGAACAUUCACUGUCUUGGUAAGCAUCUCCUGUGUAGAUUUGGACUUGUGUUUUAGGUUAUUGUCCUGCUGAAAGGGGAAUUCAUCUUCCAGUGUCUGUUAGAAAGCAGACUGAAGGUUUUCUUCUAGGAUUUUACCUAUGCAUAGCUCCAUUCUGUAAAUGUUUUAUCCUGAAAAACUCCCCAGUCCUUAACGAUUACAAGUAUACCCAUAACAUGAUGCAGCCACCGGUAUGCUUGAAAAUAUGGAAAGAAUUCACACCCCUUUUUAGACAUUUUGGUGGUUCUGGGCCUAAAUUUAAAAUAGAUUAUUUAGAGAUUUGUUGUUACUGGCCUACACACAAUACCCCAUUGGUCCAAGCACACCAAGACAGUCGUGAAGAGGGCAUGACAAAACCUAUUCCCUCUCAGGAGACUGAAAAUAUUUGGCAUGGGUCCUCAGAUCCUCAAAAGGUUUUACAGCUGCGCCUUCAAGAGCGUUCUGACGGGUUGUAUCACUGCCUGAUAUGGCAACUGCUCGGCCUCCGACCGCAAGGCACUACAGAGGGUAGUGCGUACGACCCAGUACAUCACUGGGGCCAAACUUCCUGCCAUCCAGGACCUCUAUACCAGGCGGAGUCAGAGGAAGGCCCUAAAAAUAGUCAAGGACUCCAGCCACCCUAGUCAUAGACUGUUCUCUCUGCUACCACAUGGCAAGCGAUACCGGAGCGCCAAGGCUAGGUCCAAGAGGCUUCUUAACAGCUUCCACCCCCAAGCCGUAAGACUCCUGAACAGCUAAUCAAAUGGCUACCCAGACUAUCUGCAUCAAUGCUGCUGCUACUCUAUUAUCUAUGCAUAGUCACUUUAAUAACUCGACUAGCCUGUGCCCCCGCACAUUGACUCUGUACCGACACUCCCUGUAUAUAGCCCCGCUAUUGUUAUUUACUGCUGCUCUUUAAUUAUUUGUUAUUCUUAUCUCUUACUUUUCUUUUAGGUAUUUUCUUAACUGCAUUGUUGGUUAAGGGCUUGUAAGCAUUUCACUGUUGUAUUCGGCACAUGUGACAAAUAACAUUUUGAUAUGAUUUAAUGUGAAAAUAGAAUUAUGUUUUUACAAAUGUGUACAAAUUAAUUACAAAUGAAAAGCUGUAAAUAUGUGUUCAAUCCCUUUGUUGUCUUGUUGGUGGUGUCUUGUUGCAAACAGGAGGAUUAUUUUUGAAUAUUUUUUAUUAUGUACAGGCUUUCUUUUCACUCUGUCAAUUAGAGUAGUAUUGUGGAGUAACUACGACGUUGUUGGUGUUUUAGAGUUUAAUGGCUGAGACAGUAGAACACUAAGUGUUUUAUAGUCACGACUGGCCUCAUGGUGAAAUGAGGGCAGUCGUGUGAUUUCUUUUCUCUCCGUCAACUGAGUGGGGAAGGACGCCUGUAUAUUUGCAGUGACUGGAUGUAUUGAUACACCAUCCAAAGUGUAAUUAAGAACUUCACCAUGUUCAAAGGGAUGUUCAAUGUUUUAUUUAAUGUAUAUUUUUACUCUACCAAUAACUUCCCUACUUUGCGAGGCAUUGGAAAACCUCCCUGGUCUUUGCGUUGAAUUUUUGUUUGGAAUUCACUGCUGAACUGAGGGACCUUACAGAUAAUAGUAUGUGUGGUUGUCAUUCAAAAACAAUGUUAAACACUAUUAUUGCAUACAUAGUGAGUCCAUGCAACUUAUGUGACUUGUUAAAAAAAUCUUAUUCCUGAACUUAUUUAGGCUUGCUAUAACAAUUGGGUUGAAUACAUAUUUACUCAAGGCAUUUCAGCUUUUCAUUUUCUUGACAUUAUGGGGUAUUGUGAGUCAAAACAUUCUCAAAAUAAUCUAUUUUAAAUUCAGGAUGUGAUACAAUAAAAUGUCUAACAAGUAAA